CCCAAAUAUGCUUUUUAAAAAGUGUUAGUAUAAUUGAGCUGAUGGAUCAAGUCGGAUCCGUAACCGCCGCUAAGAGGUAUCCAUUUCGAGGUGCCUCCGCCAAAAGGUUUUAGGGUUCCACAGCUUCUCCCUCACUCCCAAAGAUGAAGCUCGUCAGGUUUUUGAUGAAGUUGAACAACGAAACUGUAUCAAUCGAGCUGAAGAACGGGACCGUAGUCCAUGGAACCAUCACUGGUGUUGAUGUGAGCAUGAACACUCACUUGAAGACGGUUAAGAUGACUCUCAAGGGGAAGAACCCAGUGACAAUGGACCAUCUGAGCUUGAGGGGUAACAACAUCCGCUACUACAUUCUUCCUGAUAGCUUGAACCUCGAGACUUUGCUUGUUGAAGACACUCCUCGUCUUAAACCCAAGAAGCCUGUUGCUGGGAAGCCUGUUGGACGAGGCCGUGGACGUGGUGGUCGUGGCCGUGGUGGUGCUGGUCGGGGCAGAGGUCGUUAAAGGUGAGUGAGUGGUAGGAAGAAGAACCCUUUUGGUGUCUCGGUUAUGCAAAGGAAACAUCUGAUUAAGAGAUUGAUUGCUUGUAAGGAAGUUACUAUGGAUAAGGAGAUUAAGCUUUUCAAUGUUAUAAGAGCAUGUACAAGUAAAGUCUUUUCAUUCAUUUGAAAAAAAAUCUGACUAUUAAAAUGCA